CGGGGCCGGGGCGGGGCGGCCGCCGGCGCCGCUCACCCGGCCGAUCCGGGCUCUGGGCUGACGCCGCGGCCCCGCCAAUCCGCUGCGGCCGGGCCGGGCCCGGCACCGCCCCCGGCGGCUCCCACAGGGACGGGCCGGAGCGGCCGCCGCCGCCGCCGCGGGUGCCUGGGCUGAGUCAGCGCCCCCGCCCAAGAUGAACAUCAUGGAUUUCAAUGUGAAGAAGCUGGCGGCUGACGCGGGCACCUUCCUGAGCCGCGCCGUGCAGUUCACAGAGGAAAAGCUUGGUCAGGCUGAGAAGACUGAACUGGAUGCUCACCUGGAGAACCUUCUCAGCAAAGCAGAAUGCACCAAAUUGUGGACAGAAAAAAUAAUGAAGCAAACAGAAGUAUUAUUGCAGCCAAAUCCAAAUGCCAGAAUAGAAGAAUUUGUCUAUGAGAAGCUGGACCGCAAAGCACCGAGUCGCAUGAAUAAUCCAGAGUUACUAGGCCAGUAUAUGAUUGAUGCUGGGAAUGAAUUUGGCCCAGGAACAGCCUAUGGAAAUGCACUCAUUAAAUGUGGAGAAACACAAAAGCGAAUUGGGGCCGCAGACAGAGAACUAAUUCAAACUUCUGCUAUAAACUUUCUCACUCCCCUAAGAAACUUUAUUGAAGGAGAUUACAAAACUAUUUCUAAAGAACGUAAACUGUUACAAAACAAAAGACUGGACUUGGAUGCUGCAAAAACCAGACUGAAGAAGGCAAAAGUUGCAGAAGCUCGAGCUGCACAACUAAACACCUCUCAGCCUGAAGAGAAUAACAUUAUGGUAAAUGUCUCUUACAUGCUCAACUUGCUGCAUGUAAAAUGGCUAAAGAUAUGGGCUGAGGAAGUGACGAAAUCUGAACAGGAAGUGCGAAUCACUCAGAGUGAAUUUGACCGUCAAGCAGAGAUUACCAGGCUGCUGCUGGAAGGAAUCAGCAGCACACAUGCGCAUCAUCUCCGCUGUCUGAAUGACUUUGUGGAAGCUCAGAUGACCUAUUAUGCACAGUGUUACCAAUAUAUGUUGGACCUCCAGAAACAACUUGGAAGCUUUCCAUCUACUUUCCUCUCUAACAACAAUCAGUCUUCCACAACUCCUGUGCAGAGCGUUUCUACUCCCUCAGUCUUGGCCUCAGCCUCUGCUUCAUUGCCUUCAGUAAGCAAUUCAGUUGUUACUUCAGGCCUCAGUGAACUGAAGUCAUCAAGUGGCAGCAGAAAAGCAAGAGUUCUCUAUGAUUAUGAUGCUGCAAACAGCAGUGAAUUAUCUCUACUUGCAGAUGAGGUGAUAACAGUGUACAGUAUCCCUGGCAUGGAUUCAGACUGGCUGAUGGGUGAAAGGGGAAAUCAGAAAGGCAAAGUGCCUAUUACUUAUUUAGAACUGCUAAACUAAAUGGUUGGCCUGACUAGAGACUGUCAAUUAUGGCAACACCAUAUUUAUAUACAAUUAACGUUAUGUAAGCAGGUUUGUGUGUCUUCCAUGUUAUUGUCUUGAGGGACAAAUACCAGCCAUUAAAAACUGGCUUUUCUGCCAGCAUGGUUGCACGGUCAAUACUCUAUUCAAACUUAAUGUGUUUAAAGCUUUUACUUCAUGUGCCAAGAACGUUUCCUACAGAUUUGUUUCUACUGAAGUUUUCACUAAUACAAGCUUCUACUUUUGAGUAAUCUAGAUUGAAAGCAGGAGGUACUGUUUUCUACUGAAAUUUUUCAUUAAUGGCAAAGCUUUUCUUCACAUAAAAUAAACUUAUUGUGAACUGA